CCCGUACACAUUCCCCCCCCCCCUAAAAUAAACAAAAUGGCCUCCCAACUACCCCCUUUCCCACGCUUCGUCUUUACAAAAUUCGAACCUCUCUCACUACUAUCCGGCUUCCUCCCCGCCAUCCUCUCCCCCGAUUGGUUCACCCACGAACAACUCAUCCAACCCCCUUCCUCCUCCUCUUCACCUCUAAUCGCCUAUCCCACCGCCAGCCGCACCACCACCCGCCAACUAGGCAACAUGUACUUCCUCGCCUUUCUUGUCGGGGUAGGCGUGCUGUACUCUUCUUCCGAGAUCAGAGUUGUCAAAAACUACCUGAUUGCUUUGUGGGUGGCGGAUCUGGGGCACAUGAUGAUCACGGCGGAGGCACUGGGAUGGGAGGGGACGAUGGAUGUGAGCGGGUGGAAUGCCAUGACUUGGGGGAAUUUGGGAGUUACUAUGUUCUUGUUCCUGACGAGGUCGGCUUACCUACUGGGGCUGUUUGGGCCGGAUAUGCCGAGGGUUGUGAAGGGGGCGAAGAAGACGGAGUGAGUAAAGGGAAAUUAAUCCGGCGAGCAAAAGGUAGUAUGGUGGUUAUCAAUCAUGUGUUGUUGUAGUAAACCCAUCAUCGACAGCAAAGUUGAGAGUAGCAUAUGACAAAUAUGUUAACCUGCUGAUGGCGGUGACUUUCGUCUGUUCAAUGACGAAGACUAUAAGAGCGAGCAGAGCCGAGGAAUGCAGGCGAGUCAUGGAGAGAGGGAUGGCAUGGCGAUCGGGCAGUUGAGAUGCACGACUAGAGAUAC